CUGCUACGGUGAGCUGAGGUGGACUUCUUCCUUUCUAUCAGUGAGGAAAGAGCAGUGCAGUUCAGUAACUGAAACUCAGGAAGAACAGUAAACCUUUCUGACGACUAUUCAGACCUCACAAUGAUUCGGAUAGCAGCUUUUCUCUCUCUGCUGUUGGUCGCCUGCUCGGGAGAGAGCUGCACAGACCCAGCCAUCACUCCGUCGGCCUACACCACGUCAGACGCCGUCAUCUCUUCAGAGUCUGUCUUCAUCGUUGAGCUCAGCCUGGCAUGUGCCAACGGUGCACAGAGUGUGACACUGUAUGCUGAUGUCAAUGGAAGACAAUUCCCUGUGACCAGAGGUCAGGACGUCGGCAAGUACCAGGUGUCCUGGAGUCUUCCUCACAAACAGGCCAGCUCUGGUACAUAUCAGGUCAAAUUCUUCGAUGAAGAGUCCUACAGUGCCCUGCGUAAGGCGCAGAGAAACAAUGAAGAUGUGAAUGCCAUUGAGCCUCUCUUCUCUGUCAACAUCGACCACCGGGGUGCAUGGAGCGGCCCCUGGGUGUCCACUGAGGUGGUGGCAGCCCUAAUUGGUAUCCUGGUCUACUACAUGGCUUUCAGCGCUAAAAGUACCAUCCAAGCAUAAGCUGACUCACCAUCACUCUGAAACCACUGGAUCAUUAGAGACUGAAUUCUGGUGGCACUGAACCAAUGAUCCACAAUAAUCCAGUGAAGUGGCAAACCAGCAGGAUUCUGCCCCCUGGGCCCCCUGCUUUGAGAUGAGAAGCAGGAGCUGCAGUCUUUGUAUUUUGUUUUUAUUCAGACUGUGUCUGUUUGUUAUCACAUUUUUCCUUCUACAGAUGAAUUUCUACAUUGGUUUGUCUCCUCGAUGUGGAUAGAAUUUUGUAAUUUUUAGAUAAAGUAAAAAAAUAAACCUGGAUCGCAUUAAACACAUAGAGAGAGAUGGUGUUCAGCCCUGGUUUAAGUUGGUUGCUCCAUCCAGAUCAGACAUGGUCCGUGUGUGUGGACACGCUGAUCAGAGUGGAACUUUGCUGAACACAAACAGAGCGAGGUCAUGACCUCAGUGUAAAUGAAAUGUUGAUAAUGUGACCGCUCUGGCUGGCCUGAACAGGCCCAGUGUAUUUGUCUCUUCCACUAAAUUGAAUAAAUGGCUUGUUUUUCCUCCA